CUUUCUCUCUCUUUCUCUGGCCUCUCUCUCUCAGAUCAUACACACGAUCCAAUGACAACGACCAACAACGUGAACGGAUGUUUUGGAGACACGAAGCUGACCAAAGUGUUCGUAGGAGGAUUGGCUUGGGACACUAACAAAGAAGCAAUGCAUGAUCAUUUCAUCAAGUACGGUGAUAUCUUGGAGGCAGUCAUUAUAUCCGACAAACUCACUCACCGUUCCAAAGGCUACGGUUUUGUGACUUUCAAAGAUGCUGAAGCCGCCAAGAAGGCUUGUGAAGACUCUACUCCGAUCAUCAAUGGCCGCCGUGCAAACUGCAAUCUUGCCUCCCUCGGUGGCCGUCUUCGUAGAUCUCCCACCGUGGCCUCUCCUCAACAAGGAUCUAAGCACGUGAGUAGGCCCACGUCAGGACAUGUGGGGAAUAAUCAAGCUCAAUGGUACUACCCUGCGGGAUUCACACACCAGCAACAUCAACAACACCAUCAUCAUCAGACCGUUCCUUUCUAUGGGUACCCUUCCUCCUAUGUUUCCCCGAACAUGGCCUUCAAUCAUCAAAAAGUUGGAUACGUUGGAGGUACAUAUAUGAACGGGUACUAUGCACAACCACAAUCGCUACCACUGCCACAACCACAAUAUUACCAACACCAUCACAUGUAUGGUGGAGGACGAGUAAUGGUUGGUGCAAGCCCGAUGAUGCCUCUCCACACUGUCUAUCCUUAUCAUCAAUCUCACGCCAUCGGUUUUCCUCAGCCUUCUUAUACGAAACCCCUUUCCUUUUCAACUCCUCCCAUGUCAGGUACAGUUGGAGGAGGAGGAGAUAACAUAAUGAAGAAAGCCAUAAGUUGAUAGGCUAGAGCAAGCUAUUGAUCAAAAGAUGUAACCCAAGAUUAUUCAUUUAUCCAUCUCAUCAUGUUUUAUUUUUACGAUAGAGACAUAAAAAUCUUUCGUUUUAAAAACUAAUUCCCUUACAUUUCAUAAUUUAUUCAUUAUUAAAGCUAGCUAAUAUAGUUUAUUUUGAAACAGUUAAGGUCACUCUAACGAUCCAGUUAUAUAUUAAUUGGGUUAGCUAAGUAUUUUC